AGCCUACAACAACAACAACAACAACCCAGUUAAAUCCCACAAGAGUAGGGUCUGGGGAGGGUGUGUGUACGCAGACCUUGCCCCUACUCGAAAGUAGAGAGGCUGUUUCCAAAGAGACCCCCGGCUCAACGUCGAAAGUUGCAUUGCUUGACUAACUGCUACUUCAUUAAUUAAAGAAGCGCAGAUAGUUUAGAGAUCCAUUUUGAUUUAUUCCAUCACACCCCAAAGCCAAAAAAUGGCGCCCGCAUAAUCACGGCCUAAAACCUAAUCUCUACCAUCACAAAUUACCUUGUUCAAAGGAGAAAUCGCCCGGGCGCCCCUCGCCGUCCCAAAUUACCUGGUGAUUACGGAGGUGGUUUUAGAUGAGGCAGGGAAAAAGAAGAUCCGGCGGCGGUGGUAGGGAGAAAUGGAUGCUUCGCAGACACAUUGAAACAUGUAGAAGCAAGUAUUCUACCGUCGAGCAGAUAGUAGACCAUCUCCGUUCUACUUUUUCCAACUACAGCCGGCUUAAGUUGCAGCCAUUCAGCAAGCGUGUUGAGGAUGUUCUCCAAACCAUCAAUUCUAGAUGCAGCUUGGUAGAAGACAACAGUUGUGCCAGCGAGGAUGAAACGAACCGCCCGAGAAAGAUGCCAAAGAGAAACGACGUGAACGAGAUGCGAUUGCAAGACAUUGAAGCUCAACAUCUUAGGAAUGCUCGUAGGAAGCAAGCUACAGGCGAUGAAUUGUCAUCUCAUGAUGCAGAAUCUUCGUCAGAGAGUGAGAGUGACUGUACUCCUACUUCAUCCUCAUCCAUGGAUGCUAUUUACGGAGAGAAAGUUGAGCCAAAACACGAUUUGAUGAAGUCCAUGCUCCGUGAUCAAUACAGUGAACAGAAGGGGAAAACGUCCCCUAAAUCAAACACUAAGGUAAUGGAAGUGGAGGAUGUUACUAACAGUGGUAAGGUGAAUAAGAAACUUGCGCUAGUGGAAGGAAGGACAACGUUACCAUCUUCACCCGCUUUUACCUAUGGUAAAAAGGAGCCAGGACUUGGGAGUGACGUUAACAAGCCAAAUGUUGGACCAAAGUUUAAAGACCUAGGAGGAAUGGGCUCUGUGAUAGAGCAAUUGAAGAUGGAGGUGAUGGUUCCAUUGUACUGCCCACAACUGUUGAAACAUCUAGGAAUUAAGCCGAUGUCUGGUAUUCUCUUUUAUGGGCCACCAGGGUGUGGAAAGACAAAGCUAGCUCAUGCAAUUGCGAAUGAGACAGGAGUUCCCUUUUAUAAGAUUUCUGCUACUGAAUUGGUCUCGGGGAUUUCAGGAGCAUCAGAAGAGAAUAUACGUGAACUAUUCUCAAAAGCAUACAGGACGGCACCAUCUAUUGUAUUUAUUGACGAGAUCGAUUCCAUUGCUUCAAAAAGAGAAAAUGUGCAGAGGGAUAUGGAACGCCGAAUUGUAACACAAUUGAUGACUUGCAUGGAUGAAUCACAUACAACUGUGGAGCGUACAGAUGGGAAUUCUUCUUCUCAACACUCAGAUGGCAGACAUGGAAAUGCAAUGCCAGCAGAUGAAAAAUCCAACUAUGUUUUAGUUAUUGGUGCUACAAACAGACCCGACUCCAUUGACCCUGCAUUGAGGAGGCCUGGACGAUUUGAUCGUGAGAUUGUUUUAGGUGUUCCAGAUGAGAAUGCUCGGUUUGACAUUUUGUCUGUGCUGACAUGUAAUCUUAGAGUCAAAGGUGCUUUUGAUCUCAGAAAGAUAGCAAGGUUCACUGCAGGAUUUGUUGGAGCUGAUUUGGUUGCAUUGACUAAUAUGGCUGGUAACAUCGCAAUGAAGAGAAUUAUAGACCAGAGAAAGACUGAGCUCUCUGGAAUACCUGUAGAUAGUGAACAAAAUGAAGAGUGGUGGAAGGAACCAUGGUCUCCUGAAGAGAUGGAAGAAAUUGGCAUUACCAUGGCUGAUUUCGAGGGAGCAGUUAAAAGGGUUCAACCUUCUUCUAGAAGAGAGGGAUUUUCUGCCAUUCCAAAUGUUAAAUGGGAAGAUGUUGGAGGGCUUGGAUGGUUGAGGGUGGAGUUUGACCGUUGCAUUGUUAGACGUAUUAAGUAUCCCGAAGUUUAUGAGGGGUUUGGAGUGGACUUUGAUACAGGAUUCUUGCUCUAUGGUCCACCGGGUUGUGGGAAAACAUUGAUUGCGAAGGCUGUUGCUAAUGAAGCUGGAGCAAAUUUCAUACAUGUUAAGGGUCCAGAGCUUCUAAGCAAGUAUGUUGGUGAAGGAGAAUCUAAUAUCAGAACAUUAUUCAACCGUGCAAGGACAUGUUCACCAUGCAUAAUUUUCUUUGAUGAGGUGGAUGCUUUGACAACUGAUCGUAGUAAAGAAGGGAGUCAUGUUAUAGAGCGGAUGUUGAACCAGUUACUGAUAGAGUUAGAUGGUGCAGAGCAGCGGAGUGGUGUUUAUGUAAUUGGAGCAACAAAUAGGCCGGAUGAAAUAGACAGGGCUCUGCUACGACCUGGAAGGUUUGGAAAGCUUCUCUAUGUCCCACUGCCAAGUCCAGAGCAGCGAGGGCUCAUUUUAAAAGCUCUAGGAAGAAAUAAAUCUAUUGAUCCCAGUACAGACUUAGCUGCCUUGGGAAGAGAUGACUCUUGUAACAAUCUAAGUGGAGCUGACCUCUCCGAUCUGAUGUUUGAAGCUUCUAUGGCUGCUGUUGAUGAGAAGUUUGAGUCGGGAAACGUGAGCAUGGAUGGGACAUCAAUUUCUAUUAAAGAUGCUCAUUUCAAAUUGGCUCUAAAAAAAGUUUCUCCCUCAGUUUCAGAUGAGCAAAUAGAGUAUUAUGAGAAUUUGUCUAAAAAGUUUAAAGCAGCAGCAUGACAGCAGAUAUGUUUGUCUCUCUCUGGCUUCUUCACAAUGAGAUUCUGGAGACGCAGCGUUCGUUGUAUUCCGGAGAUACAAUUUUUGUCAAGCGAGGCCACCAGCCUUUGGUAUUUUUUGUAGCUUUAGUUAUGUAACGUUUUCCUAUUCGUAAGACAAUAAUUGUAUUCAUUUAAGGAGCUAGCCUAGCCAUUUGCACUUAGCGACAUACAUUAUAAGUAGUCCCUUAUUCUUAUUAGUAACCCGCAUAAAUAUAUCAAAGGACCAUGCUACACUUACACCAAAAAAUAUACCCCAUUUGUACACCACAAGUUUGCACAAACAUUUCGAUGGUUUACACCGACACAAGUGUUGGUGCGUUAAUAAAAAUUCACACGGACACAAAUGUUGGUGCGUUUAACAAAAAUUAGUUUUACACCAACACAAAGUAUUGGUGCAAAACUGCGGGGUACAAAUUGGGGUACAAACCUUGGGGUACACAUAGCAUAAUCCUAUAUCAAAUGCUAUUUUGCUUGUUCACCUGAUCCAUGAAAUAAUGUUGCUUCCCACAAGUUUUUUUUUAUAAAUUUAAACUAAGGUU